UCGAGGGAGGUGGGAGGAUCGAGGCCCGGGGAGCAGGAUCGGGAUAGAGAGCGAUCGGGGAGCUGAAAGAGGUGCCAGACCGGGAGCAGGUUUGGGAUAGGGAGAUAUCGGGAUCGGGGAAUGUGGGAGGAUCGAGGGCCGGGGAGGAGGAUCGGGAUAGAGGGAGAUCGGGAUCAGGGAAAGUGGAUCGAUGCCGGGUCAGUGGGAAGCAGCAUCGAAGUAGACAUCGGGAUGAGCAAGAAGCUGGAUUGUGGUAGAGGGAGGUCGGGAUUGGGGAGGCGGGAGCAGAAAGAGAGGGAGAUCGGGAUCAGGGAAGGUGGGAGGAUCGAGGCCUGGUUAGAGGGAAGUGGCAUCGGAGCAGACAUCGAGACGAGCAAGAAGCCGGAUUGGGAUAGAGGGAGGUCGGAAUUGGGGAAGGCGGGAGGAGAAAGAGGUGGUGGUGGGGGCACGAGGUGAAGCGAAGCAGAAUAAAACGGUUCGGAGAAA